AUGUCCAACACGAUCCGAAUCGCCAUCUCUGGUGGUGGCCUAGCGGGUGCUUCUCUCAUCCACGCAUUGCUCCAAUACCCUCAUCUGGACGUCCAUAUCUUUGAGUCUGCGGCAGAAUUCAAAGAAGCCGGCGCUGCUGUGGGUAUUGCCCGAAAUGCCCUCGACGCACUGGAUCUGCUCGGUCCGUCAGCGGCUGGAGCUCUGGAUCGUGCCGGUGCCGUUCCCAUGAGAGGAGUCCGCUUCAUGCUUGCCCAGGGUCCUGACCAGGGGAGCGAGAUUGACGAAGCAAAGGACCUGGAAGGGCAACGUCUCACCAGUAUCGUCCAUCGCGCUGCUUUCCUCAAAGAACUGCUGAGUGUCGUCCCUCUGGAACGUAUGCAUGCCUCCAAAAAGCUUGAGCGAGUUGAGAAGCAAAGCGAGGAUGGCCCAAUCACGAUACACUUCACCGACGGCACCACGCAUGAGUGUGAUGUCCUCGUCGGCGCUGACGGCAUCCACAGCACCAUCCGCAAAGUUGUUCUUGGGGACUCCGACCCGGCCGCGCACCCUAGAAAUGCUGGUUGGUGGGCAGUCAUGGCGUUGAAACCCUACGCAGAGGCUCGGGCCAGUCUCGGCGAGGGUCCGGUCGAUGCUGCCAAUGCGCGUGAGCACAUGUGGAUUGGCGAUGGCACAUACCUGAUGCACAAUGUGCUGAAUGACGGCCAACUGGUACAAGUCAUCAUCUCUGUACGUGAAGAAGCGGCCGUGGGCUCGGACAAGUGGCACCGCCUUGUCAGUGCCGAGGAGAUUACGCAGCUCUACCAGGACUGGCCCCCGUAUCUGAAGAAGGCGGCCAAGGAGGCAAGUCAAGCCCUUCUAUUUCGUCGAUACAGUUGA